AUUAUGCUGCUGACUGAUCCAGAAAUUGAAAGCAGCUUAUUAAUCAGUUCUGAUGAAGGGGCAACCUAUCAAAAAUACCGUCUGAACUUCUACAUCCACAGUCUGCUCUUCCACCCCAAGCAGGAAGAUUGGAUCUUAGCAUACAGCCAAGAUCAGAAGUUAUUCAGUUCAGUGGAGUUUGGCAGAAGAUGGCUGCUGCUUCAUGAGGGGGUUGCACCAAACAGGUUCUACUGGUCUAUGAUGGGGUCCAGUAGAGAGCCUGAUCUUGUGCACCUGGAGGCAAAGACAGUGGAUGGUCAUGCCCAAUACAUCACCUGCAAAAUGCAGAACUGCAGUGAAGCCACUCGCAGCAAACCCUUUCCAGGCUAUAUUGACCAUAACUCCUUGAUCGUCCAGGAUGAUUAUGUGUUUGUUCAGUUGACUUCAGGAGGAAGACCACAUUAUUACGUUUCUUAUAGGAGGAAUACAUUUGCACAGAUGAAGCUGCCAAAGUACUCCUUGCCCAAGGACAUGCAUGUUAUCAGCACUGAUGAGAAUCAGGUGUUUGCAGCUGUACAAGAGUGGAAUCAGAACGACACGUACAACCUGUAUAUCUCUGACACCCGAGGGGUGUACUUCACCCUGGCCUUGGAAAAUGUCAAGAGUAGUCAAGGGCUGGAAGGGAAUGUGAUGAUUGACCUCUAUGAGGUAGCAGGGAUAAAGGGAAUGUUCUUGGCUAACAAGAAGAUUGACAACCAAGUGAAAACUUUCAUCACCUACAAUAAAGGGAGAGACUGGAGUUUGUUGCAGGCUCCGGACACAGAUCUGAGAGGAAACCCCGUUCACUGCCUCCUACCCUAUUGCUCCCUUCAUCUUCACCUGAAGGUCUCAGAUAAUCCCUAUACCUCAGGAAACAUCGCCAGCCGAGACACUGCCCCCAGUAUUAUUGUAGCUUCAGGUAACAUAGGCACUGAAUUAUCAGACGAUGACAUCAGCAUGUUUGUUUCUUCUGAUGCUGGGAACACUUGGAGACAGAUCUUUGAGGAAGAGCACAGUGUUCUGUACCUGGAUCAAGGUGGAGUACUGGUUGCCAUGAAACACACAUCUCUGCCUAUCAGACAUCUCUGGUUAAGUUUUGAUGAAGGGAGAUCUUGGAGCAAGUACAGUUUCACAUCCCUACCACUGUUUGUAGAUGGAGUUCUAGGGGAACCUGGAGAGGAAACUCUCAUCAUGACAGUGUUUGGACAUUUCAGCCACCGCUCAGAGUGGCAACUGGUGAAAGUGGACUACAAAUCCAUUUUUGAUCGCAGGUGUGCAGAAGAGGACUACAGGCCUUGGCAACUCCAUAGCCAGGGAGAAGCUUGCAUCAUGGGAGCGAAAAGGAUCUACAGGAAGCGCAAGUCAGAGAAGAAAUGCAUGCAAGGAAAAUAUGCUGGGGCUAUGACGUCAGAGCCAUGCGUGUGCACAGAGGCAGACUUUGACUGUGAUUAUGGAUAUGAACGUCACAGCAAUGGGCAGUGUUUACCAGCAUUUUGGUAUAACCCAUCUUCCUUGUCGAAAGACUGUAGCCUUGGGCAGAGUUAUCUCAACAGCACUGGAUACCGGAAAGUUGUUUCUAACAACUGCACGGAUGGUGUGAGAGAACGGUACACAGCAAAACCACAGCAAUGUCCUGGCAAAGCCCCCCAGGGCCUUCGCAUAAUCACAUCUGAUGGCAAACUGACAGCUGAGCAAGGACACAAUGUCACUUUCUUGGUGCAGCUGGAAGAGGGAGACCUCCAGAGAUCCCUCAUUCAGGUGGAUUUUGGAGACGGCAUCGCCGUGUCAUAUGCCAAUCUCAGCUCAACAGAAGAUGGAAUCAAGCACAUCUACCAGAAUGUAGGCAUAUUCCGAGUGACUGUGCUGGUAGAAAACAGCCUGGGAUCUGACAACGCUGUCCUCUACCUGCAUGUAACGU